GCACUGCAAGUUCGUCGUCUUCAGCCGUUGAUUGGGUUAGCCGAGUCCUGUGGGGCCAGUGUCAGCCUGCUGUCACUAUUAUCCAAUCAAAUCACUAAGAAAUUAAGAAUUAGUGGCAGACAAUGAAUGCUCAAAUAAUGAAUUAUCCGACGUCCAGUUGUCCCUUCCCUUAUCCGGACGUCCCUUCCAGGAUUCGGAGAAAAUCUCCCCUAGUGGCACGCGUAAGGACCUUCUCCUCUCUCUAUCUCUCUCUCUCUCUCUCACUCAGCCCAGCACUCCCAGAAAAGGUUCCUGUCUAGCUACUAGCGAGCCCAUCAAGCCCGGCAUUGAAGAGAUGCUCAGCCUCAAAAUGGCUCAUCUACUCUUCUUCUCACAUUCUCCCACACCUCGCUCUUUGAGCUUUUCUCGAUUCUUCCAUUUCUCCUCCAAACCUUUCCUGUCACAUGAAAUUUCUACUCCAAUUCGUGAGCUGAAGCGAAGGCCGACGCAGCACCCGAUACUUUCCAAACAUAUCUCACCGUCUGGUUCUUUGUCCGACGAUUUCGUCAUUUUGGAAACAAUCGAGUGUUCCGAUGGCAGUGUGCUUUUCCGGUUUGGAAAUGCUAGUGAGGUCGAGAAAAUGCAUGAGGAAAAGACCAUUAACAAUGACUCUGGACAUAAUUUAUGCAAACAAACUGAAGUGGACGACCUUGUUGAUCUGAUCUCUGAAUGUAGAGAGGAUGGCGAUGUUCGUGAUUUAAAUAUUAGCGUGGUAGAAAACGUAAGCGAUCCUAUGUCAGAAUUGAGGAAAGGAGUGUUCGAAGGCACUGUAUCCAAAUUGGCAUCUUCUGCAUCUGACUUCGCUUCUGAAGUAUCUGGUAGUUAUGGUUUAGAAAGAAGUACCAUGGAAAAUGCUCAUAUUGGGGUUACUUGUCCCUCAAUGGAUGACAAGGAUCUUAGCAUUGAUAAAAUGAUGAAUGAUGUAAACGGGGGAAAAAGUGAUGAGGGUGAUGUGAUUGAGAUAAUGGAAGUGUCCGCACCAUUAGCGGCCGAACCAAUUCUAAAUGAGAAUACAGCGGAUGAAUCUGUUGAUGUGGACAAAAUUGAAAGCUCAAUAGUGUUAGAUGGGAGUGCCCUUUCCUCAGAAUGGAAGGAAGAAUUCAAUGCGUGUGAUACACAUGGAAGCAAUGUUUCUGGAUUUACAAAUUUUGAAGCAGUAGACUUGCCUUCCAUCGAGAGUAUUCCGACUGGGGAGGAAAUAUCUACAGCAGGAUUUUUCCUUUACUCUGGAGCUGCUUCAUUGCCAUAUCCCUCUAAGGCAUUGACAGGUGGAGGAGAUGCUUACUUCAUUGCUGUCCGGAACUGGCUUGGUGUGGCCGAUGGAGUUGGGCAUUGGUCGCUGGAAGGUGUUAGUACUGGACUAUAUGCCUGCGAGCUGAUGGAGAACUGUGAAAAGAUUGUGUCGGAUCCCAAAAUUGCUCCAGUGAUCAAACCAGAGGAGCUGCUUAUAAGAAGUGCUGCAGAAUCACAAUCUCCUGGAUCAUCUACUGUUUUGGUCGCUUACUUUGAUGGUCAGGUCCUUCAUGUGGCCAAUAUUGGAGACUCGGGAUUUAUGGUAAUAAGAAAUGGUGCUGUUCUUAAGAGAUCAUCCUCAAUAGUCUAUGACUUCAAUUUUCGGUUACAGAUUAAAAGAGGCGAUAAUCCCUCAGAUUUCAUAGAGUGCUACAAGAUUGAUCUGGAUGAGGGAGAUAUGAUUGUCACUGCAACUGAUGGCCUUUUUGACAAUUUGUAUGAGCUAGAGAUUGCUUCAGCUAUAUCAGAGUCACUGCAAACGAGUUUGGAACCUCAGGAUAUAGCAGAGUACUUGGCCACGAGAGCUCAAAAGGUGGGGCAGUCAACACGUGCAAGGACUCCAUUUGCAGAUGCAGCCCAGGCGGCAGGGUAUGUGGGAUGUACUGGUGGCAAGCCCGAUGAUGUGACUGUCAUUGUUUCAUUGGUGCAAAGGAGAUCCAGCUCUGAUUCACAUGACCAAGGAACUCACCCGGUUAGAACAACCAUGAAUUAGCGGUUUCCGGUUGCCAGAUUAAUAUACAGACUUGAGACUGUUAGUUAUGAUGCCUUGUACUUGAGAGAGCAAGGUUCUGUUCUUUGAUUCUAGGUGUUACUGCUAUCCAUACCCAUACCAGCAGCAGUUAAUGAGGCUUGGAUUUCCUUAAAUUGAACGCCUAACAUCGCACAGUAGUUAGUUUGAGAGCAACACGUGACUGUAUGGGUCGUUUGCAUUGCAUGUUCACAAUCAAGCAUUCAUCUGCCCGUCAGCAGUUAAACUGAUAGCGCAUUGUUUUGUACCAUGUACCCUUGUUUUCUCUUCAACACAAUUACUAAUACCACAUUGACAGCUUGAAACAAGUCACA